CUCCCCGGCCGCGGCGCCCACGUGCUCGUCAGCGACGCGUCAGCGGCGCCAUGGACCGCGACGACGCCUACCUGGCCAGACAGGCUGUUCCCGAUGACACGUAGCCGUGUCCAAGCCCCCCACCAUGGCGUCCGCGCCGUGCCUCUCGCCGGCGACGUCCGCCCUCGUCCUGGGCCUGUCGGACAGCGAGGACGACGAGGAGGAGGCGACGCCGCGAGACGCCGGCGGCGGCAGCGCUCUCCAGGACCUGUCUACGACGCCGUCCUCCGACUCCGGUAGCGGCAGCCUGGAGGCGCGCCGAACGCCGCCACGCGUCCUCAAGCGCUCCCUGCGCAGCGAGCUGCUCGAGCGAUGGCCCGGGUGGACGUCGCCGGCCAGGAAGCGGCUGCGCGCCGCGUCCCCGGACACCCCGGACCUCCAGGACCCCGUCACCGCCGCGGCGCUGUCAUCCGCGCUCGCCUGGUCCAUGACAACCGCCACGCCCAGCACGCCGCCGACGGGGCCGUGCGACCGCUUCUGGAAGCUGGUGGAGAAGAUCGCCAGCCAGCCCAGCCUCCUGGACCGCGGCGAGGACUGCGAACGGCUGUGCAUCGAGGAGGCCGCCGAGGACUGCGCCGAGGAGGCGGCCGCGUCCCCGGCGCGCCACAGUCCUCGGCCAAGUCCCCGAACAAGUCCACGUCCGAGUCCACCGCCAAGUCCUCGACCAAGCGCCCCACCAAGUCCAGGGCCGAGUCCGCCACGCAGCCCGCACCGCAGCCUCAACUGCAGUAGCAGAUCAAGCCCGGCAGCGAGGAGAAAGCCGGACAGGAGGGACACCUCGGCGCGCACGCUGACGGCGCCGCUGAGCACCUGGGUUGGCGACGACCCCACCCUGCUGCAGACGGUGGUCCUUGCCGUCCCGGACGACCACGACGACGACUUGGAGAGCGGCCCGUCGCGCGCGUCCCUCUCCCCGGGGCACGACGGCGCCGAGCCUGCCACGCCGCCGACAGCCGUGGACGCCAUCCACCUUGCCGACGGCCACCUCGACGGCCAGGAGGCGCGGCGGCCGGCCCGCGAACUGCUGGAGCGGCUGCAGCUGCUGGCGGGGCAGCCCUCCGGCGGGGAGCAGGACAAGCCGGACGUGGAGGAGGACAGCUCGGUGCUGCAGCUGCUGGUGCUGACCCCCACCGAGGAGAGGAAGUUCGGCGAGGCGCCCCGCCGUCCCGGGGCGUGCCUCCCCACGGCCGCCGCCACCACCUCCAAGUACAAGACCGCCCUCGGCGUGCUGCUGCGGCUGCGGAUCCCCUACUUCAUCAUCGCGCUGGGCAUCGUGCAGGUGACGCUGUACGCGGCGCCGUCGCCGUACGCCGCGCAGGAGAUGAAGAACAGGUUCGUGUGGGACAAGGCGCGGCUGUUCAAGGAGCCCUGGCGCGCCAUGUCCUACGCCAUGCUGCACUCGGGCCAGAUGCACGUGGGCCUCAACGUGGGCGUGCAGAGCUUCGUGGGGGCGCCGCUGGAGCGGGAGCAGAGCGCGCUGCGGGUGGCCGCCGUGUUCUUCGGCGGCGCCGUCUACGGCGCCCUGGUGACGGGCGUCAUCUCCCCGACGCUGCACAUGGUGGGGGCGUCGGCCGGCAUCUACGCCAUCCUCAUGUCGCACCUGGCGCAGAUCCUACUCAACUCGGACGCGGUGCGCUACCCCAAGACGCGGGCCGGCGCCGUGCUGCUGCUGACGGGCGCGGACAUGGCCUACACGGCGCACCACGCCAUCCAGCGAGGCAACGCGGCGCCGCGCAUCGGGGUGACCGCCCACUGUGCCGGCGCCCUGAGCGGCGUGUUCCUGGGCCUGGCCUUCUACCGCACCUCGCCGUCCAGCCUGGCGGGCCUGGCGCGCACGCACCCCUCGUACUUGUCGUACUUCUGCUACUGCUGCCACCGCCGCUGCGUGCUGUCGUCGCUGCAGGUGUGCUCGGGCAUCGUCAUGGCGGCCGGCGUCCUGUUCUGCCUCGUCUGGAUCUACUUCGACAAGCCCGGCGAAGGCCUCGGGCUGUCGCUCUGAGACCUCCGCCCACCUUUCGAACACGUUUGCGGCCAAAGAGCGUCAGCUUGUGAGUCGCCGACACGUCUUCCUGCGCCGCGAGCUUGUCGGCCUGUAGCGCCUGGCAGUCCCCCAACGCACACGCACCGGUGUGGAGACGGUGGCCUACCCUGCCCCUGCAUCAGAGUUCUGUUGACUCUUUUGAGUGGUCACUUUGUGCCCUACCCACCUACAGAGACCUCUUUCGAAUUUUCUGUCUGAAAUCAUGUCCAAUCUUCCACUCCUAAUGUGUUCUUGUUCUUUUAUCAAAGACUGAAUUCUCAAACAAAAUUGGAAUUGACCUCAAUUGGAUUUGAUCCACCCAUCAAAGUCGGUACCUGUUAAUUUAUACAUUGACUUGUUAUAAAACGCCAUGUGAUUUUAAAAAGCAUGACCAAUUAUUUUGUUUUCGCAUGUGUCAUACGACUUAUCAUUC